AUGGAGUUUGCGUACAAUAACAUCUACCAGUCCACUAUUGGGAUGUCACCCUUUGAGGCCCUAUAUGGGAAGAGUUUCAGGUCCCCUGUGUGUUGGGAUGAGGUAGGAGAAAGAAGAUUGUUAGGACCUGAAUUGGUGCAGACCACAAAUAAAGCCAUACAGAAGAUCAGGGCUCGUAUGCAGACAGCCCAGAGCAGACAAAAGAGCUAUGUCGAUAUAAGACGUAAGGACCUGGAAUUUGAGACUGGGGUGAAAAGUGUUCUUAAAGAUGGCACCCAUGAAGGGAAGUAUGUGGCAGACCCAUCCCAUGUAGUUGACUACGAGCCCUUACAGUUGAAUGAUAACUUGAGCUAUGAGGAGAAGCCCAUAGAGAUUCUUGCUAGAAAAGUAAAGACAUUGCAUCGUCGAGAGCUUUUGUGA